CAUCCCUGAUUCCCUCACAAGUUGAUAUGAUAUGAUGCUUGCUUUUAAAAGGAGAGAUUGGAAUAUAGAGAAGACAGCCGGUAGCUAGCUAGAGUGCAAUGGACGAGUAUCCCUUCAAGACACCCGGAAGCAUCCCCUUCAAGUGGGAGAUCAAACCCGGACUUCCCAAAUCAACCGUUCAUAGCAAUUCUUCCGACAACUCGCCGCCGGAGAACCUCAUUCCACCGCCCUGCAUGUGCAUGGCCUCCGUCUCCAUCUCUAAGUCGCGCUCUCUGUCCGACUCCACCUCCAAUAAUCUCAACGGUACCUCAUCUCCUUCCAUCGGUCGGUCGUCAUUUUUUUGGCAUAAAGAAAUUGACACCUUCUUCCACCGCUCUUCCUUGCACUCGCCGUCACGGCGGGCUGCCAAAGCGCAGCCUUCAAUAGCGCAAUUGCAGGCGACUUGGGUUCCGCCCGGAUGCUUCCCUGUGCCGUCUUUGAAGCGGAAGGAUUAUAAGAAUAAUUCUAAUGGCGUUAAGGUGUCGUCGCCUUGUCGGACGAGAAUGAGUUCAGCGACAUCCUCGCCCUCCGUGAAGAGCUCUGCUUCGGAGGCUGCAGAUUGACUAGAAGGGAAUUUGUCAAGUUGAGCAUCGAGUUGAAUUAUCAUAUUGUCUCGCUACGAUGCCCACAAUUGAAUGAAAACACAUCUUUAAAAAAAAUAUAAUAAUUAACCUCCUCCGUGAAAUGAAAACACUCUACAGUUUUCAAAUUACUAAACCUUUCACCCCUCAAAUCUCACGAAAAGAGGAGAGAAUGCUCAGA